AUGUCUUACUCCACGUGUUUAUAUUUCAUGAUGGCGUCCAAAUUGUCUGUGUUACGAAACUUGGCCCUAAGGAGAAAUCUUCGUAUUUUUUGCCAUCAGGUGAGUGCAUCAUUUAUGUUAAUUGAAUUUCUAUUAUCAUUCCUUCUACAAUAAAUUUUUCUAAAUCCAGAACCGACCAAUUGUCAAAGGAAAACGCCCUAUCUGUUCAUGUGUGACGAUUGGAAAUUCAAAUUUUAGCAAGGUUAGUUCAGUGAUCUUCAACAAAUUUCUGCAGAUGAUCUUACUUUUCUUGCCUCAAUUUAAGGGAUUACUCACAUUAUGAUUUUUUAAUUUACAGGAGUUUGGAAAACAACCGCGUGGUUUACGAUUUCUACGAACAACGUCAGGUACGUGAUGGGUACAUCAAAUUAGAUGUUAGUUAUUCUAUUUGUUGAAUUUUUCAGAGAUCUUGUGAAAGAUUAGGACGAUUCACCCUGAUUUACUGCCUCUCUGAAGUAAUUGAUGAUCGUUAUGAAGCGAACCUUCAAUUGGAAAAGUACACUGAAUAAUUUACGAAAACUUCCGAUGAUGGGCGUUAUGGGGGUGUGUCAGGGGUGUGACAGAUGUGAUGGUAUUGAUUUUAAAAGUAUUCUUUAAAUUAGCUACUAGUUUUUUUUAUGCCAUUAAAACAAUACAGUCUACCAUUCAAAUUGUUCUUUAGUAAAAAAAAAAAAAAAAAUUUAAUCAGGUGUGAAUGGAGAAGUCCUUCCUUUUAAAUUAUCCGACAUUGGGGAAGGAAUUGCAGAGGUUACAAUCAAAGAGUGGUAAGUUUUAUAUGAUACCUAUAUCAUUAUCCCUUUCACUCCUAGUAGGGACCAAGACAUACUUUCUCCUUACAAUUAAAUAAAUAUAACAUCACACACACAAGUAAUGAGAAUGUAGAAGGAUAUCAAUCAGUCAAUUAUCAUUUAAUAAUGAUAUAUAUUAACUUAAAUAAUGCAGAUAUCAAUAUUAUUUCACCUAAUACUGAAUUAUCAGAACUAAAAUUACAAGCAAUGUAUAGCAGCCAGUGAGAAGAAUCACCAAUAAAAGAGAUCUUGGAGAUGAAAGAGUUAAAAGAAAUUAAUUUUGUCAUUUUUCUAUUAGGUAUGUGAAGCCAGGAGAUCAUGUGAAUCAGUUUGACAGUAUUUGUGAAGUACAGAGUGACAAGGUUAGACUACAUAACAUUUAUAAUCAUCUAUGGUGAUUUUCCCUUAAAUUAUCAAAAAUAAAAUCUAAUCCUCUUCAUCAUUUGCAGGCAUCAGUAACAAUAACAAGCCGAUUUGAUGGUACAAUCAGGAAACUGUAUUAUGAUGUAGAUGAUAUUGCAAGAGUUGGACAACCCUUAGUGGACAUAGAAGCAGAAGCUAAUAUUGAUUCCAGUGAGUUUUUAUCGCAAAUCAUAUGCAUUUUAUCCUAAAAUCUUAUGAUAAUCUAUGGUCAACUAAAUGAAAAAUGAAUAUUUUUUCAGUCAAUUUUGAGAGUAUUGAUAUUUGGGUAGGGAGAAGAAAUAAUCAUGCAGAGAACAAUAAUAUAAUGGACAAUAUAUUUCCAUACUAGUUAAUAGGUGCAUUCUUGUUGGCAAAUUGGUGAGUCCAGAUGAAAGUAAGUAACUGCUUGAGACUCUUUUUUUUUUUUCAACUAUUAAUAACCAUGGAUUAGUAAAGUGCUUUCCAUAAAGCUUUAGAUUAAAUCCUUAUCUUAACUGUGAUAUUUGGUAUUUUAAGAUGUUGAUGCUGGUCCUAGCCCUGCUGAAGAUGUCAUGGCUGCCCAACAGAAGCCUAAACCAACGCAUGCUAUAGAACAACCACUUCCACCUCCACCCCUCUCCCCUCAGUCUUCACCACCUCAGUCGAAAGCUUCACCAGUCCCUCCCCCUCAGAUUACCACAAAACAGACUAACAGUGAUGGGAAGGUGUUAACAACACCAGCUGUACGCAAAAUGGCAAUGGACUAUAAUGUAAGAAGAAGUAAAUAGAUUUCAAGUAGUCCUUAAAAAGUUUUGUCAACUUCUUUUUAACAUACUUUUCCUCAGCUAGUUUUAAGAAUUAACUGGGUAGUAAGUGAGGUGAGCAUGUGCUUUUCAAGACCUGAAUUGAAAUUUUCGCAAAAAAUGUUGUUUUCCAGAUUGAACUGGGUGACAUCCCAGGAACUGGUAGGGAUGGCAGAAUCGUUAAAGAAGAUGUGUUGAAUUACAUUGAGAGAAUGAAGGCUAAACCCACUGAAGGUGAGUUUUUGGAUAGAAGAUUUAUUUUUUUGGAACAAAUUGUUUGUCUGAGCACUCUUUGCAAUGUCUUCACAGCCCCUGCCCCCACAGUAGAGAUUGUUGCCCCAACCACCCCACCCUCAACUCAAAUUGCAAGACCAGAGGUGGUGCUUGAAGACAGAACAGAAGCUAUCAAAGGAAUCAGGAGAGCAAUGGCUAAGGCUAUGACAGCAUCACUUACAAUUCCACAUUUUGGAUACAAGGAUGAAGUAAUUCUAAAUGAGCUUGUGAGGUAACAAAUGAUUUUACUUGUCCAAGGUCUGUGUAUAUCUUCUUUCCUUUUCUGUUAAAUUUCCAACUACCUGUCCCUUUACACUGUCAAAUACAUAUGGAGGUAACUGAGAAAUAUAUUCGGCUAUUGGUUCUCUUAUUAUAUUUUUGUCCAGGGUAAGAAAUCACAGUAAAGAAUCAUUUCAGGCCAGAGGGAUGAAGUUAUCCUUUAUGCCAAUGUUUAUGAAGGCAACUUCUAUGGCUCUGCUCCACUUCCCAAUACUAAACAGCUCAGUGGAUCCUGCAUGUGAGAAUAUCACUCUUAAGGUAUUUAAUAAUUCCUCCGAAGAGUAAGAAAUGAUCUAUGGUUGCUUGAUAAUUAAAAUAUCAUAAUUGGAAGUGUACAUCAUAAACAGUACCUCCAAGAACCUCAAACCAUUUAAUGUAACAAUCCUAAUUAAGCAGACUACUCAGGGCAGAUCACAUGCACUAUUUUAACCCUCUAAAUUCCCAGAAGUGAUUGACAUGUAACUUCUCACUAUAAUAUCCAUAAUUUAUCUAGAAAACAGGAAAUGAGAAUACUUAAACUUAUCAGGUAGAAGUUGCUAUCUUGAUCCAAUACAAAAUUCUCAUAACUAAUUUAUGAGGAAAUGUGUAGCAGCUAAAGGAGAGAAUUAACAAUCAGAGCUUGGGAGUCGAGGAUUAACUGAAAUCAAAGGGUGUAAACCAUGCAAUGAUCAAUCUUAUGAUUAACAUCUAUUCAAAAUACAAUAAUUCCAUAAUAAUUUUAUUCCUCAACAAUUUUUUCUCCAACCUGUUAAUGAAUACUACAUUUUGAUCCCAUUUGUCAGGGUUCACACAACAUUGGGGUUGCCAUGGAUACACAACAAGGCUUAGUGGUACCAAAUGUGAAAAAUGUACAGAACAAGUCAAUAUUUGAUAUCACUGUAGAGCUUAACAGACUUCAUCAGCUUGGACUGGCUGGUAAACUUACACCAGAAGACUUGGUUGGAGGAACAUUUACCCUCUCAAACAUUGGAUCAGUAAGCUUCAUCUUUGAAUAGUUACAAGUUCAAUUAAAUUUUAAAUAAUUUAGUUAUUUUCACAUUGACGAUAAUUUUUGAAGUGGCAAGCAUUGAGGGCUUCUAAACGCCAAAAUUCGGCCAAGGUUUAGACCUGUUGGACAACACAUCACAGGUGAGGUCAUGAUUGCAAAAAUUUGCUUCAAGUGACAUGGACAAUUUUGCACAAAUUCAAACUGAUUUAAUUUGUGCAAUAGUCACCCAAACCCAACACAGCAAAUAGUUUGUUGUGAAGAUCUGAGUCAGUGGCUCAUCACUUAGUGGAUCCAAGCCUUUGUAAGAAAUUUAAAUAUGAACCUUUGCAUCUUUGGUUAUAUGAUCCAAUUGCUAUGAUGUCUUUGCCAGAUUGGAGGAACAUAUACAAAACCAGUGAUUAUGCCUCCUGAGGUUGCCAUUGGUGCUAUUGGAAGAAUACAGGUUAGCAUACUCAUUUAACUCUUUAAAUUUUCAGGAGAUAACAAGUCUGGGUUCAAUAUCAUGGACAUAAUGUUACAAAGAGGUAGCUUGUCUGAAGGCUGUUUAGGCAACAUCUGACCUCUCCCUUGCUAAUCAUGAUAAUCAAAACAACUUAUGUGCUCCAAAACAAUGCUUUCAUUAGGAAAUGUAUUGGAGAAUAGUGUAAAGUAAAAGUGGAAUAUUCUCCACAUCUGAAAAAGAGCUAGCUCAGGGAAUGGAAAUUUAGUAAGAGAAUUCUGCAUACUAGCUAAAGAGUUCUUUUAUCCCUUAAUGGUCAAUGAACACCCUGCAAAUUGUCAGUGAAACACUAGUUAAGGACUCCUCUGUUUUCCCCUACUGUUUACUCACAUGGUUAUUUGUAACAAUUUUUAUAGGAAGUCCCCAAGUUUGAUAAGGAUGACAAUAUUUACAAAGCGUAUAUACUCAAUGUAAGCUGGUCAGCUGAUCACAGAGUCAUAGAAGGUGCUACAAUGGCUAGGUUUUCAAAUCUAUGGAAAUCUUAUCUAGAAAACCCUGCUUCUAUGAUGAUGGACUUAAGAUAAUAAUUCUCUUGUGCCCCAAUUAGCCUUAUUAAUUUGCCUGUAAGGAUUGUAAAAUUGUUGUAAGGGUUCAAUACUACAUUUCAUGCAAAAACAGUUUUACAGGUACAUGCCUGUACAGUUAUUACAUGGAGAAAAAUUAGAUCAAGAAAUUCCACAAGCAAAGCAUUUCAAGACUAAUAUGGAAUAAAUAGAUCAAUAUCAGUAUCUGAGCAGCUGUACACCUAUCCCUCCCCUAACCCAACAACAGUCAAUUGAUAACAGGUUAAGGUUAGUGUUGCUUAGGAGAUGCAUAGGUGUGCAGUUGUUCAGAUACUGACAUUGAUCCAACGAAUAAUAUCUUCACCUUUUGUGGCUUGUAUAUACUAGACAGAGCUAUUUUACCAAUGGGUAAUGUUUUACCCUUGAUACAAAAUAGGGUUCAAUAAGUGAAUAAAUACUAGUGUUAUUUAUUUUUAAUUCUUGAAAAAAAUACAUUGACUUUACAUUUAGUUGGGGUUUACAACACUGUAACUUGAAGUAACUAGGGAAAAUAAUAAUAUGUAAGGCUAUAUUUUCAUACAAGUUUCAUAUUUAACCUUUAAAAAGAUUUGUUCAGUCUAGGUCUGGUUUUCAUCUUUCAAAUGAUGUUCAGAAAAUGAGCUUUGUGAGGAUUAUUUAUCAAGAUCAUGGACUAUUUUUGACAGUAUCUUAAUAUUAAAACUUACUGUAAACCCAAAUUCAAUAUGGUGUUGUGAAAGUUACUUUCAUAUAAAACCAUGGGUAAAGGUAUUCAAGUAUUUUGUUAUGUGUUUCAUAAUCUAAUUAUAAAUCUCAUGCUAUUAACACUAAGCUAUAAACUAAAUUAAAACAGCUGCC